AUGUCUUCCGACCAAGCCUCGGCCUCGACGACGGAUUCGUCCUCGGCGACGAUCAAGGUGCACGUCAAGGGCCCAUCCGACACGAAGCUGACGCUGUCGAUCGCGACGAGUGCGACCGUGCUCGAGCUGAAGCAGGCGAUCGCCGCCGCAGCAGCCGCCUUCCCCGCCGAUUCGCAGCGCCUGAUCUACUCCGGCAGGGUGCUCAAGGACGAGGACGAACUCGAAAAGUACAAGCUCAAGGAUGGCCAUUCGAUUCAUCUCGUAGGUCGUCCGCCGCGGUGCACCUUUCUAGUUGGAGCUCGCCUUGCCGGGACGGUGCUGACGUGUAUGCCCCACUUUCUUCGUAUUCGUUCUCGGUUCGGUCGGUUUUCCUGUAUCGCCAUUCAGGUCAAGGGAGCUCCCAAGACGGGACCGUCGGGCACGCCAGGCACUUCUGCUGCAGCGGGCGUGCCUGCCAACUUUGCCGCCGGGCAGCAGGUGAUGGGCAACCCGUUGGCGCCGCUCCUCAACGCCGAGAACGCCGGCCACUUUGGUCAGUACAGCCAAAAACUACGCAAGGGGUCAUAUAGGACCCAUAAAAAACUGAUGCCCCUCUCGAAUAGCUGGCUUCAACCCCUUUGCCGAAAUGGGCGUCAACCCCAACGAUCCCAACUACAUGCAGACCGCGAUGCAAGAUCCGGCCGUGCAGCAACAAAUGAACAGUCUGCUCUCCAAUCCGGCCGUCAUUGAUCAGAUCGUGCGUUGCUUCUCUCUCUUCACUACGGCCUGUGACCCCCCACCGUAGCACUGCCCGCCGAGUUGCUGAAGCCGAUGACGUGCCGUUGCCCCCCACCUCACCUCGACACGACAGAUCGCUUCCAACCCCGAUCUGCAAGCGAUGGGCCCUCAAGUGCGACAGAUCAUGCAGUCCGAGCAGUUCCGAUCCUUCUUGACGAACCCGGAAGCGAUGCAACAGAUGGCUUCGAUGAUGGGUGGCGGUGCAGGUGCAGGUGCAGGUGCAGGUGCGCUCGGUGGUGCCGGUGGAUUCCCUCCACCCGGUGCGUUCGGGUGGGGCAGUGGCACCGGCGCACAAGCACAGGGACAGGGGCAGCAAGCUCAACCGGCGGGAGGACUAUUCAACCCUUGGGCUUCCACACCGCCUGUCACGACCACCACCGACUCUGCAGCGACGACCAAUAACGCCGCUGCAGCACCACCAGCAGCGGGCGCACCGGGAGCGUUCAACCCCUUUGCCGCGUUCGGGGGAGGAGCCGGAGCAGGGGCAGGGGCAGGGGCAGGGGCAGGUGGACAACCGAAUAUGGCUCAAAUGAUGGCUCAGAUGCAAGCACUGCAGCAGAUGGGCAUGGGGAUGGGAUUUGGUGGUAACAGCGCUGGGGCAACUCAUUCCACUGUGCCCCCUGAGGAACGGUUCCAGGUUCGUUGACCCGUUUGAUUUCCAGAUCAGGCAGAUGCCCCCAACUGAAUUCGAUCGUUUUUGGAUUGACGCGCAGACACAAUUGGCUCAGUUGCAAGGAAUGGGCUUCUACGACGCGUCGAAGAACAUCCGCGCCUUACUGGCGAGCGGCGGCAACGUCGAAGCCGCGAUCGAGUACCUCUUCUCGAACCCGUGA